GAGACUGCUGCUGGCAGAGGAAGCCGGUAACUCUUUAACAAGCCUGUUAGAGGUCGAGGCUUGUUAGGUUUACUUUUAUGCUCCUGUAGAAAGUUUAUUUGGAGUUACAACCAUCUCCAGCUGUUAGAGAGUGACAGUCAGUGAUAGUUAUGAGUGGGUAAAUAAAAGCAGAUUCACUCGCAAACAUGCGGACUUUUCUCCCUUUUCUGUGUGCCCUGUGCGUCACACCGGUAUACAACUUUCUCGACGGGACUUGCCCCAGAAAAGACCCUCCCCCUGGUGUGUUGGUUGUAUCCACUGGCAGUAAGUUGGUUUUGACCUGCAGCGGUCUUGUGAAGGUGGACGGAGUUAAUGUCAACAUUAGCAGAAAAGGCUACAGAGGAGAGAGUUCUUCCAAUGCAAUCCCAACCACUGCAAACAUUGUAAGCAACACUGGGGUUUCAGUGAAAAGUGAUAAAAAUACUAUAAGUAAUGGAUACCACACUCAAACUACUGAGGCAGGAGUCAACACUGUGACGGAGGAAAACAAACAUCUUGGAUAUACAGGUACGGGAUACACAGCCUAUCCACCGUCUCAAACAGUCCAGCUGACCAAUGUGAGCAGGCUGCUGGUGGGUGAAUCCAAAAGGCAGAGUGAAGACAUGGACGGCGAGGGUGAAUAUGAUGACGAAGAGGAGGAGGAAGGUGAGGAAGGGAGCAGGGUGACAAGGGGCAUAAAAUCAAGGCCUCAGUGGAAGUGGAAUGGGAGGACAGUGGGGAAGGGAGACAGAGACUGGGGAGAAGUCACAUUUGAGAGGAGAGGGGCCACACUCUCUCUGGCCUCAGUAAGACUGACAGACUCUGGAAAUUACACGUGUUAUCACAGAGGCAGAGAGAGGCUCUUCUUGAAAGUAAUCGUUGCAGAUCCUCCUGAGACUCCCAGACUGUCCUGCUACAAAAAGUCACCCAACAGUAAGAUUCGCUGUGAAUGGACACCUCAGAGGCCUGUUACUAAACGCCUUAACUGUUACCUCUUACUCAGAAAAGGCCAAGCAGAGACAUUCCUUCCUUUGCAGUGCUCAUUCUCAACUCGAUGUUGGUGUGCGCUUGACCACAAUGAGGACGAGCUAAGAAUCCUUCAUAUGGCCUACUUGUGUGUUACGAACAUGGCAGGCAAUACCACCAGCACUGUCCUGACCUUUACACCUCUGGACAUUUUAAAGCCUGACCCUCCAUCAGGUGUGUCCAUCCAACAGGAGGAGGGACAGGAGAUGAGGAUGAAGGUCACCUGGAACCUCCCAAUAUCCUGGAAGCGUCAAGACACAUAUUAUGAAUUAAUUUAUGAGCUAAAAUACCAACCCUACCUAUCCUCACUUUCUCAAGGACAGACGAGGACGAUCAAGGGCGGACGCUCCUACAAAACAUCCUACACUAUCACUGAUGCAAUGCCUGGUGUUAACUACCUGAUACAGCUCAGGACUAAGGAAGAAUAUGACGGUCAUUGGAGUAGCUGGAGUACACCGAUUUGUGGCAGCAGUUGGACAGCUCCACCAACAGACGAGUUGCUGACUACCCCAAUGUUUCCAACAGUAGAAGGCUCCGGUACAGAUGGCUUUCUCACUUCUGAAGUUCUUGAAUCAGAGAGUGGAGGUGAAUACGACGCAGUGGAGCUGCCCCAUCAUGUCCUGUGGAUCUCUGGUUCAUUUGCUCUCUUGGCAGUCAUUUUGGCCGUCUACAUGUUCAGACACAAGGACAGAUUCAUGUCUAAACUCCACAGGCUGAAUGUCAUCACCCAGUGUGGUGACACGUCUCAGCCUUCGAGCUCUGCCCCAACAGCUCCAGAGGGGCAAGUUCUUAUGACCUUUGCCCCUCCGCAGUACAAAGAGCCCCGAAUGAGCGAAGGCCAAGAAGGGGAAGAAGAAAAUGAGGAAGAACAUACAGCAAAUGCAAGGACAGAAGCCAUGCAUUUCAACAACACAAGUUAUUUCUUGGUCCAGAAAGAGUAACAAUCAUGCAGGAAACAGCAGGGGAAAAAACUAGCACGAAGAUUUGAAAUAUAAAUAGUCUUUUUUAUCAUUGGAUUGUUGUUUUUCACUUCACUGUCACAGAUGAUAAAGGGAUAAUGGACUUAAAAUGUUUAUGGUAGAAUUUCAGCUUGAAGCAAGCUCAGGAAAAGUGUGCAUAUUUUGUCUGUCUAUCUCUAUUUCAUGCCUAAAAUACCUCUAAAACGACUUUCUUUUGUAUGUUGUCAAAAACAGCCUUUAAGCUACUCUAUUCUGCGUGUGUGCCAUUUUGAAGUGUGUUGAUGAAUUGUAGAGGCCCAGAUGUAGGCCUAAAUAUGUGCCUGUGUUUAGCGUAACACCUCAUUUUCUGGUUGUAUAUAUUUUUGCUGAGGUUUGUGAAAUAGAUCACCCAAAUUAAAGCUUACUGUGGUUUGUUAAUUUAUAAUUAGUUUGGGAUCAUGCACCAUUGAACAGUAUUAGCAAUUUUAAAGGCAAUUGUUAAAGAGAGUGUCUAUGCUAAAAGAAAUUGGCACUUAUGUAAUGUAUUUUAUUAUCAAACUCAUACAUUAUAUCUGAACCCAAAUAACAUUCUGAAAUCACCAAAGUGUUUUCUUAU